AUGCCAUAUACAGAUAAGCAAAUAUGCAUCCCUCCAGAACUGCCAGAACUGCUGAAACAGUUUACGAAAGCUGCUAUUCGAACCCAGCCUCCAGAUCUGCUCCAAUGGGCGUCUGAUUACUUUAGUGCCGUGGCCCGUGGUGAUAUACCUCCAGUAAGAGAGCGAUCGGAAAGGGUACCUUUGUCAAACUGGGCAGAACUCACUCCAGAGCUCUUAAAGGUCUUACACCAAAGAGUGAGUGGCAGACUGAUAAUCCAUGUAGAUGAACUGGCCCACAUGUGGAAGGUGCUGAAUCUCCCAACAGACUUAUUUGAGAGUGUUAUGAAUGUUGGUCGUUUUACUGAAGAAAUUGAAUGGCUUAAGUUUUUAGCCCUGGCAUGUAGCUCUCUUGGAGUUACUAUUGCAAAAACACUGAAGAUUAUAUGUGAGGUUUUAUCCAGCGAUUAUGACAGUGGACCCCCACGUAUUCCUUUUAGCACUUUCCAGUUUCUCUACACAUACAUUGCUGAAAUAGACGGGGAGAUUUCAGCAUCUCAUGUCAGCCGAAUGCUGAAUUACAUUGAACAGGAGGUCAUUGGACCUGAUGGCCUAAUCAAGGUGAAUGAUUUUACCCAGAAUCCACGGGUCAGACUGGAAUAGUGGCACAGCUUAUCACUUUGAUAGGAAGAUGAAGAAACUUGCUUCAAAAUAAUGGU